AUGCUUGGCCAUCUUCUCAUCACACUCGCUGUUGUUCAAGUGGUUUGGACAAGAGCCAAACCAAUAGACAUCUUCAAUGAUCCUGGUGAAGGGGAUAUCCUGCAACUUCGCAAUCUGAAGAAGAAUGGCACGAAAGUGUACAACGCCCUGUACAAUAAUUCCGACCUGAAAUGGAUUCUUACUGACGAAGAUGGGAACAUCCGCAUACCGUACACGAUUACAGGACCAUUUAAACCUACUGAAGAAGACGCGAUAGCUGAAGCGAUGAAGCGAAUCGCAAAAAACACCUGUAUUCGAUUCACCGAACGGAACGAUGAAAAGGACUAUAUCGAUUUGGUGAACAAAGAAGGCGAAGGAUGCUAUACGAAUGUCGGACGUAUAGGUGGUCGAAGUGUUGUGCAACUGGAAUCGAGCAAAAAUGCAACAUGCAUGAUGACGCCUACUGUUAUGCACGAGUUGAUGCAUGUCAUCGGCUUAUGGCAUGAACAUCAGAGAUACGAUCGCGACGAAUACAUCGAUGUUAUCUUUGAAAAUAUCGCUAAAGAAUACCACGAUCAAUUUACGAAAGUGUCACCGUCCAAGGCUACCACUUACAAUGUACCGUAUACUUAUACGUCUGUGAUGCAUUAUGGACAGCGGGCCUUCGCGGAGUCAAAUAAAAUAAGCAUGCGGACCAAAAAUCCGGAAUUUCAGGAUGUGAAUCGUACGCGCUGA